GCGGCCGAGCGCGGACCUGAGCAGACGAGCAGAGCGGAGCAGCCGGGCAGCGCAGCGCAGAGCGCGCACAGCGGCCGUCCGCCUCGUGGCGAGAGCAGGGCGACAGAGCGUCGCGAGUGAGCCGCAGACGCAGCCAGCGCCCCAAAGGACUUUACCACGGCGCUGAGUCGCCGCCCUCCCCCUGCUUGCCGCCGCUGCCCGGGGCUGCCGGCGGUCGACAGCAUGGGGGUCCCAUGACGCAGGCCGAGCUGGCUGGGGACGAGGACGACGAGGACGCGGAGCAGCGAUGCGCGCGCUGCGCGGCCCUGGGCGGGGGGAGCCCGGAUAGGCACGCCGUGAUGCUCCACCACCCGGCCUCAUGAUUGCGCUCGCGACGGUCGCCUUGGAGUACGCCAACCUGACGACCUCCAACAACUCGCACAGCAAUGAGGACCUCAUGGCGGAGGGAGGCAGCCAUGAGUUCCCGGGCUACAUCCGCACCACGUCCAUGGUCUUCUGCAUCUUCAUACUUGGCAUCGGCGUCAUCGGCAACGUCAUGGUGCCGCUGGUCAUCCUCAAGUCCAGGGACAUGCGCAACUCGACCAACAUCUUCCUCACUAACCUCAGCAUCGCGGACCUCAUGGUGCUGCUCGUCUGCACGCCCACGGUGCUCGUCGAGGUCAACUCCAAGCCUGAGACGUGGGUGCUCGGCUCCGAGAUGUGUGAGUACAGGAUCCAAUAGCAGAUUGUGCGCGCA